AUGCCACCUCUUGGAUCCCUCUUCAGCCUCGCUGGCAAGACCGUCCUGGUGACUGGCGCCUCGAGCGGGCUGGGAAAGAGCAUGGCCCUCACGCUCGCAAAGGCCGGUGCAUCGGUCGGAUUGGUCGCACGGCGGAAAUCGCAGCUCGACGAGGUUGCGUCGGACAUCGCGGCGCUCGGCGGCAAGGCGCACGCCGUGACGCUCGACGUGACGCAGGUUUCCGCCAUCGACCCGGUGCUGGCCGAGGUUGAGGCGAGCCUCGGCCCGAUCGACGUGCUCGUGAACAACGCCGGCCUCUCGCUCGACGAGAAGGCUCUCCAGGUCGAGGAGGCGGCGUACGACACCGUGCUCGGCGUCAACACGCGGGCGCCCUUCUUCCUGGCGCAGGCGGUGGCGCGGCGGAUGGUCGCAGAGAAGAGGCCCGGCUCGAUCGUCAACAUCGCGUCGCUCAUCUCGCUCAAGGUUCGCGAUGUCCCGCCGCUCUCUCUCCCCUCACAGGCGCUGGACCACAUGACGCGCGCUCUGGCAAAGGAGUGGAUUCGCCACGGCAUCCGCGUCAACAGCAUACAGCCGGGGUACAUCCGGACCGAGAUCAACUCUGAGUUUUUCGACUCGCCAGCCGGCCUCGAGUUCAUCAGCCGCAUGCCAAACAAGCGGCGCCGAGAUCUAGCCGAGAUCUAG